GAUGGGAUCUUCCGGUGUGCUUGAAACAGGUGCAGUGGCACGGAUUGACGUCCGAAAUAAUUACGAAGCAUGUUUGUAAUGCUCAAAUGGGAAUGAGUUUUUUUCUCUUCUUCAUUGUAUUGAUAGUGGUGGGUAACUGAGGGUCGAGAGAUUGCUCUCGUUGGAAGUAUUAAAGAGACGGGCAUCUGCUCUUCAAAGGAGCUUUCAAUCAUCCAGAACAGCCUCAAUAAUACAAUCCAGUCAAUCAUCUGACCAAAAUGAGCGGACAGGUUACCUUUGAUACCUAUCGCGGAGCCGAGGGCGAGGUCCCCGUUCGCAAGACUGUCACUAGACAACUCCGGCCCAACGAUGUCUUCGUCGAGAUUACACACUCUGGUGUUUGCGGCACCGACCUUCACUACAGACACACCGAUCUCACUCUCGGACACGAGGGAAUCGGACGGGUCAAGGAGGUUGGCUCAGCCGUGACCGGCUACAAGGUUGGCGACGUUGUUGGCUUCGGAUACAUCCGCCAAGUUUGCGGCGACUGUAUGGAGUGCUUGACUGGCUGGGAUCAGUACUGCUCCAAGGCUGUCGCAUAUGGCUACACCGACUUCGACACCGGUAGCUUCUCGCAAGGUGCUGUUCUUGAUGCCCGCUGCGUCUUCCACAUUCCCGAUGAGAUCGACCCUGCAGAUGCUGCUCCUCUGAUGUGUGGCGGUGCCACGGUCUGGACCGUCCUCGACCAGUACGGCAUCAAGCCCACUGACCGAGUUGCCAUCAUGGGCAUUGGCGGCCUCGGCCACCUUGCCAUUAAGAUGGCCGCCGCCAUGGGCUGCCACGUUGUCGUUCUGUCUAGCAGCGAGUCCAAGCGUGAGGAGGCCCUCAAGUUCGGUGCCAAUGAGUUCCAUGUCUUCCGCCAGGGAGAGAAGUUUGAGGGAAAGAUGGAGCCCAUCAACCACCUUCUCCUCUGCGGAAGUGCCGCCGUCGACUAUGAUGCUCUCAUCCCUCUUAUGGCCCCCAACAGCACCAUCUACCCCCUCACCGUCGACUUCAACCCUUCCAAGCUUGUCAUGUUCUACGUCGCUGCCAGGGGCAUCCGCAUCCAGGGCUCCGUGGUCAUCUCGACUACCGAGAUGCGAAAGAUGCUCCAGUUCUGCGCUCGCCACAAGAUCACCCCUCAGAUCGAGAAGUUCCCGCUCAACGAGACUGGCAUGACCGAUGCCAUGCGUCGACUGACUGAGGGCAAGGUGCGAUACCGCGCUGUUCUCGUUGCCCAGAACUAAGUUUCUAUAGAUAUAGAC